UAUGCACAGUUACCACACCCUUUGUAAAAUGCUCCAUAUUAUGCAGACAAAUGUUUCUUUACAUCACAGUCGUUCUUUUGAUGUCAUAUAGCUUAUCUUGCUGUUCACCACAUGAUUUAUUUCUAUUGUCAGGGUUUUGUGACUGGUGGUAAAGAUGGAAUAGUUGCUCUUUGGGAUGAGAAUUUUUCUCGCUGUCUAAAGAAUUACAGGGUCGCCCGGACUACCCUGAGCCCUGGUCCACCGUCCUCAAUUCUGUUGGAAGAUGCUCCUCCGAUCCGCGCAAUAACACUGGGACAGGGCAAAAUUUUAGUUGGCACUAAACAUGGCGAGAUCAUGGAAAUAGAUAAGAGUGGACCCAUCACAGUUCUAAUCCAGGGUCACCUGGAAGGUGAACUGUGGGGCCUGGCCUCCCACCCGACGGACGAGCUCUGUGCGACUGUCAGCGAUGACAUGACUGUGAGGGUCUGGGAUCUAGCGACCCACCGAAUGAAGAAUGUUCGUAAAAUGGCGAAAUCUGCGCGGAGUGUGACAUACUCACCUGAUGGAAGGGCGCUGGCUAUUGGUUUUAAAGAUGGUAGUUUUCAAGUUGUUGAUUCUACAACGCUGGACGACAUUGUUGGCUUUCAUCACAGGAAAGAGGAAAUAUCAGACAUCAAGUUUUCACCUGGUCAAGGAAAAUAUCUGGCUGUUGCUUCACAUGAUAAUUUUGUGGACAUUUACAAUGUACUGAGUAGCAAACGAGUGGGAAUCUGUAAAGGAAGUUCGAGUUACAUUACACAUGUGGACUGGGACUCCAAAGGAAAGCUUCUUCAAACCAACUCUGGAGCGAAGGAGCGGCUGUUCUUUGAGGCGCCCCGCGGUACGCGUCAAACAAUAGCCACCAAUAAAGCUAAAGAGAUUGACUGGUUCACAUGGACCGGUGUUCUUGGUGAAGACUGCACGGGAAUCUGGCCGCCACACUCAGACAUUACUGAUGUGAACGCGGUUGAUUUGACCAAGGAUAAGAAGAUCCUAGCCACCGGAGAUGACUUUGGAUUUGUGAAGGUGUUUGAGUACCCAGUCCAGGGCAAGAAUGCCAAGUUUAAGAAAUAUGUCGGCCAUUCUGCGCAUGUCACAAAUGUCCGCUGGACAAAUGACGACAGCCGCUUGAUUUCAGUGGGAGGAGCCGACACGUCAGUCAUGGUGUGGUCACAUGCUCGGGGCCGUGAAAGAGAAGACACUGGUGGCGACAGUGAUGAUUCGGACACAGACUCGGAGGAAGAGGGAGGCUACGACAGUGACGUGCAGAAAGAAAAGAAUCUGACAUACGAGGAUAAGAUUUAUGCAAAUCCGAUUCGAACUACAAAAGGCGUAAAACCACAUCUUAGAGAGAAGCAAGAUGACGAGGAACAUAGACCUGCUGUUAGUCGUGGCUCUAAAGCUCCUCCUAAAGUCAGACAGCUUGAUCGGCAGAGGGACUCGGGAAAGAAAAGAAGAAAUCAACAAAUCCAGGAACUCAGUUUGGAAUUCAUUCACGGCUAUCGAGGAUUUGACACCAGGAACAACUUACACUACCUCCCUGAGGGAGACAUUGUGUACCACGCUGCCGGGGCGGGAAUUGUUCUGAGCACAGCUAAUGGAAUACAGUCAUUCUAUCUUGACCACACCGACGAUAUCAUAUGCUUGGCUGUCAACCAACACCCUAAGUUUAAGAACAUUGUAGCUACUGGUCAGAUCGGUACAGAGCCUUGUGUUCACGUGUGGGAUGCCAUGUCCAAGGAGACGUUAUCCGUCAUACAAGGAUUCCACACCAAAGGCGUGUGUGCAGUGAACUUCAGCUGUAACGGAAAGCUUCUUGUAACUGUAGGCAUCGACGCUGCACAUAGCAUUGCGGUGUGGAAAUGGGCUGAAGGCAGCAAACUUGCCAGUUCUCAUGGUCACACAGAGAGGAUUUUUGUAGCGGAGUUCAGACCAGACUCUGACAGCCAGUUUGUCACAUGUGGAGUAAAACACGUCAAGUUUUGGAGUUUGGCAGGAGGACAGCUGGUUGGAAAACGGGGGGUGAUAACGGCAGCCCUACAGGGGGAGGGUGACGACUCCCAGCUUCGCAUGCAGACAAUGCUAUCGGUGGCGUUUGGAGCGGUAAGAAAAUACGUACAUGAUCGGGACAAAAAUGCCAUCUUAGCCAUCAUGGAAAUAGAUAAGAGUGGACCCAUCACAGUUCUAAUCCAGGGUCACCUGGAAGGUGAACUGUGGGGCCUGGCCUCCCACCCGACGGACGAGCUCUGUGCGACUGUCAGCGAUGACAUGACUGUGAGGGUCUGGGAUCUAGCGACCCACCGAAUGAAGAAUGUUCGUAAAAUGGCGAAAUCUGCGCGGAGUGUGACAUACUCACCUGAUGGAAGGGCGCUGGCUAUUGGUUUUAAAGAUGGUAGUUUUCAAGUUGUUGAUUCUACAACGCUGGACGACAUUGUUGGCUUUCAUCACAGGAAAGAGGAAAUAUCAGACAUCAAGUUUUCACCUGGUCAAGGAAAAUAUCUGGCUGUUGCUUCACAUGAUAAUUUUGUGGACAUUUACAAUGUACUGAGUAGCAAACGAGUGGGAAUCUGUAAAGGAAGUUCGAGUUACAUUACACAUGUGGACUGGGACUCCAAAGGAAAGCUUCUUCAAACCAACUCUGGAGCGAAGGAGCGGCUGUUCUUUGAGGCGCCCCGCGGUACGCGUCAAACAAUAGCCACCAAUAAAGCUAAAGAGAUUGACUGGUUCACAUGGACCGGUGUUCUUGGUGAAGACUGCACGGGAAUCUGGCCGCCACACUCAGACAUUACUGAUGUGAACGCGGUUGAUUUGACCAAGGAUAAGAAGAUCCUAGCCACCGGAGAUGACUUUGGAUUUGUGAAGGUGUUUGAGUACCCAGUCCAGGGCAAGAAUGCCAAGUUUAAGAAAUAUGUCGGCCAUUCUGCGCAUGUCACAAAUGUCCGCUGGACAAAUGACGACAGCCGCUUGAUUUCAGUGGGAGGAGCCGACACGUCAGUCAUGGUGUGGUCACAUGCUCGGGGCCGUGAAAGAGAAGACACUGGUGGCGACAGUGAUGAUUCGGACACAGACUCGGAGGAAGAGGGAGGCUACGACAGUGACGUGCAGAAAGAAAAGAAUCUGACAUACGAGGAUAAGAUUUAUGCAAAUCCGAUUCGAACUACAAAAGGCGUAAAACCACAUCUUAGAGAGAAGCAAGAUGACGAGGAACAUAGACCUGCUGUUAGUCGUGGCUCUAAAGCUCCUCCUAAAGUCAGACAGCUUGAUCGGCAGAGGGACUCGGGAAAGAAAAGAAGAAAUCAACAAAUCCAGGAACUCAGUUUGGAAUUCAUUCACGGCUAUCGAGGAUUUGACACCAGGAACAACUUACACUACCUCCCUGAGGGAGACAUUGUGUACCACGCUGCCGGGGCGGGAAUUGUUCUGAGCACAGCUAAUGGAAUACAGUCAUUCUAUCUUGACCACACCGACGAUAUCAUAUGCUUGGCUGUCAACCAACACCCUAAGUUUAAGGUGCGUCAAUUC